GUGACACCGAGCGUCCUCGGGGGUUUACGUGGUAGCUCGACGCAAUAGUUCGUCGCAUCGUCGCAACUUCCGGCUGUACUUUUACAUCAUUUUUUCCGUACAUCGUCUGCCAUUGUAAUCAUUACACCGUGGUGAUAGUACAACGAAGUGAAGUAGUUAAAAGUGGCGAUUGUUGAGAGCUUUUCUCUGAAAAUCAUCGAAAAAGUGUCGUUUCGUCAGAGUAUAUCGUUUCGUGUACGUCCAAAACGGUGCGUAAUUGUUUUUUUAGAUCAGACGGAUAAGGAAAUAUCCCGCGAUUACCUUGGAACGAAUCGUGAGAUUCGUUUUUCGAAACGUCCACAAAUUAUAGAGAGUAGCGUUGUACGCAGCUUUGCCCACGAUGGCUCGAUUGUAUUUUAUCCUCGCAAGCGGACACACGAGAUUGGAGACGUUUCCUGUCAGUUCGGGUUGACGUAUCACGGAAACGAUACACCUGGCCUGCUCAUAUUCGGCGCGUGAUCCAAACGUUCGACGUACACCGAUGCUCUUCUUUUUCCGCCGUUUUUGAAUCGCCGCCAGCGUGUUAAUUAAACAAACAAACUGUGGGCCAGCGGUGUUAAUCGGACACGCUGCAAGAAAAUCUGGAAAGGACGUGCGAGUCGAUGAGAAGAAGGAGGCGGCGGAGGAGAAAGAGGCAGGAACUUAGGAUCAACGCGAGAUAUGGAGAAUAACGACGAAGCGCGCACCGUGGCUGAACGUGCGUCGACGUCAAAGGAGGAACCUCUAGAAGCAACCGCUGACGAUGAUUACGGCUGUGAGCAUUACAAGCGAAAGUCGAAGUUCGUGACACCGUGUUGCAACAAGGUAUACACAUGCCGAUUUUGCCACGACAAAGAAGAAACCCACACGGUAAACAGAAAGGAAGUGACGGAGCUGAUAUGCGUGCUGUGCGAUACCCGUCAACCGGUGCAAGCCACUUGCCAAAACUGUCACUGUCGAUUUGGUAAAUACACGUGUCUCGAAUGUAAUCUAUUUGACGAUGAAGACAAGAAUCAGUAUCAUUGUGACGGCUGUGGAAUAUGCAGAGUCGGUGGCCGCGACCGAUUUUUUCACUGUGCCAAGUGCAACAUGUGUUUGCCUGUCCAGUUACAAAAUGGACACACGUGCGUCGAAAACGUGUCGCAUGCAAAUUGUCCUGUAUGUCUGGAGGAUAUUCACACAAGCCGUAUACCUUGUCACAUUCCAAACUGUGGUCAUUUGCUCCAUCGUACAUGUUUCGAGGAAUUGUUACACUCAGGGCAUUACGCGUGUCCCAUUUGCCAAGUAUCCCUUUUAGAUAUGACUGACUUGUGGAGAUUUUUGGACAUAGAGGUGUCGUCAACGCCAAUGCCAGAGGAGUACAGGGACUACAAGGUUGAUAUUCUGUGCAAAGACUGUCACGAGGAAUCAACGGUAAAAUUCCACGUUGUAGGUUUGAAAUGCUUGAAUUGUGGAAGUUACAACACUUGUAGAGUCAAAGGAUCUCCCUCUCCAGAUCCUGAUACGCUGGACUAAAGAACCGGUGUCAACGAUACGGACGGCGAAGGAAUAAUAAUAAGAUCGCAAAGCGCUAGAGAUCGAGUAUUAAAGCAAAAGGGAAAAAGAUGAUGCACAAUCAUUCCCAAGAAAGUGUCGCUAUCGAGCGUUUUUAAAAAAGACAGUAGAAAAAAAGCCUUUUUGGCGUUAUACCUCUUUAUUGUUUUUAGUGAAUUUUUACGUCUUUGUUAAUUGUUUUCAGACUUUUUAUAGACGUUGUUUUUGUUAGGAGGCUGAACGUAGCGACUGAUUCUGAUCAGCGCCUCACCGAUGCAAUUAUUGUGAAACACCGAAAAUUAAGGUUAAUAAUAGUCGCGUUACAACGCCAGCAUAGAUGAAACGUUUAAUUUCAAAUAUUAAUAUAAAAUGAACUUUCUGUGGUUAACGAACGAAGUAUAAAAACCUUCUGAUCAUGAAGUUUAAAUUUUUGCAUAACACAAUAUUAGUAAAUUCGAGAUGUAAACGCAGUAAGGCAAUGUUAUCGAUAUUUUUGUUUCGAUAUUUUUUACCGAUUGGUGGCGCAAUGAGCGCAGUGUCACCCAUUUCCUAAAAUUCUUCUCGCGCUGUUUUAAAUAAUAACAUAUAAUUAUAUAUGUAUACAUAGAUCCUUACAUUUCAGGAUGCGUGACUUUCUUUCGAUGCAAUCUUUUCGUAAAUGCUAAUCGAUCAAUAUGUACCGGUAGUGCUAGUCAAAAAGGAAAAAGAAAAUGAAAGAAGAAUCCCUCUUAUUAGCUAUAGUACUCGACAGCUAAGAGUUCCUCUAUAGUAUCUUACUACGCAUAGUUUCCCCCCCAAAUAUCAUAAUUAUUAUUGCAGCUAUACGUAGAGAUAUAGACAACAAUGAGAUUAUUAAUAAUAAGCCGCAUUCUAUUCGUUUACGAAUUGUACGCGCAAUUUUCGAAAAGAUCGCCAUCUAGUCAAGGAUCACUCGAGUCACUUCUUGGUGUGAACGUUUUUUGCAUAAAAAAAAAAAAAGUGCGCGGGGGAAUCUCAGAUAGUUGGGUGACGUAGCUGAUACUUGACACGAUUUUUGUGACCAUUUACGAAGAAAAUUCGUAUCGUUAAAAUGAAAUAGAAGAUAAAGAAGAGAUACAAUCAGGCUUCGACAUUCAUCUAUCGAAUCUUAUCGGGCAUUACCACCGUGUUAUUGUGAAUUGAAACGUAUUCGUUAAUGUGUACUUUGUAAUAUUCUACGUAUAUUUUUAAGUCUCUUUUCGUGCACGUGUUUCAAAAUGCGCGCUGAAUUUUGCGAGGAAGAAAUCAAUACUUUUAACACGUUAAUUGGCCUUCAUUUGUUAUAACGAAUAAGGUAAUCAUUUAGUAUAAACUUAUACAGUGAGCAAAGUUGAAACUGGAUUCCUUUCCUUCAAAGCAAAUUUCUUCUAAUCUUUUUAGCAAAUCUAACGCAUUUUAUGUCGUAUCGACCAUUGGUUAUUCGUAUAUGUAUAAAGUAAAUCAAAGGUAUUGAUUUUCAUUCAUUUUGAAACUGCUCAAACAUUCAGAGGAAUAUGUAGUAUAAGUGAAAUAAGCUGAAAACAGUAUUUUUCUUUAAAAUUAAUCGGAUAAUUAAGCGGUUAAGAGAGAGAAAGUAAAUUAUACUCUAAUAUGGGUUAAUGUUUAAAAUAAGUGAAACCAAUAGAGAAUGCAGUAUAAUUGGUAACUUCGUAUUUAAUAUUAUAAUGCAAUUUUUAAUUUGCCUUUUGUAUGAGGUUUCAUCAAGAACCCUGCAUUCCAUAUGACAUUUAAGUAUGUAUAUGUAACAAACGCGUGUAUAGAAGGAGCCUUAGAGUUACGUUACGACGCUCGCCAAUUCGCUCAUAAUUAUAUCUCAUUCGUGUCCAGUUUGUAUUACUAGAUGAUCUUGUAGAGUAUACUUUUUAGACAAAAAAAAAUUAUCAUUUGAAUCCAAGUACAACAUGAACGUCUGUCUUCGUGCGACAAAAUCGUAGAAGGGGCGUUUCAAAAAAUAAAAAAAAUAAAAUAA